CUUUUAAAAGGUGAAUCUGGUCUUGGUAAAUCCACUUUGGUCAACACCUUAUUCAAUACACAAUUGUAUCCACCCAAAGAAACAGUUGAACUCACUCAUGAAACAAGUCAGACAGUGGAGAUCAAAUCUAUCACAUCAGACAUUGAAGAAAACGGUGUUAAAUUGAGAUUGACUGUGGUUGAUACACCAGGUUUUGGUGAUUUUGUUAAUAAUGAAGAAAGUUGGAAGCCUAUCUUGGACAAUAUUGAAUCAAGAUUUGAUGCUUAUCUUGAGCAAGAAAAUCGUGUGAAUCGUCGUCGUAUGGUGGAUAACCGUAUUCAUGCCUGUCUUUACUUUAUUGCACCCACAGGCCAUGCCUUGAAGCCCUUGGAUAUCGAAUUCAUGCGUCGUCUUCAUACCCGCGUCAAUUUGAUUCCUGUGAUUGCCAAGGCAGAUACAUUGACAGAAGAAGAAGUUGCUGCCUUUAAGGAGCGCAUUUUGGCUGACAUUGCUUAUCAUAAAAUUCAAAUCUAUCAAGCUCCUGUGUACGAAUACGACGAUCAAGAAACCAUUGCAGAAAACAAGGAAAUCAUGUCCAAGAUUCCAUUUGCUGUUGUUGGUUCUGACAAGGAAUUCGAAAUUGACGGUGGUCGUCGUGUGCGUGGUCGUAAAUAUCCUUGGGGUGUGAUUGAGGUUGAUAACGAAGAACACUGUGACUUUGUUAAGCUUCGACAAAUGUUGAUCCGUACCCACAUGGAAGAACUUAAGGAAUUCACAAACGAUGUCCUUUACGAAAACUACCGUACCGAGAAAUUAACAGCCAUGGGUAUCCAACAAGAUCCUUCUGUAUUCAAGGAAGUCAACCCUGUUCAAAAGAUGGAAGAAGAACGCCUUGCUCACGAACAGAAGCUUGCCAAGAUGGAAGCAGAAAUGCGCUCCGUAUUUCAAGCCAAGGUACAAGAAAAGGAAGCUAAAUUAAAGCAAUCAGAAGAAGAAUUAUAUGCUCGUCAUAAAGAAAUGAAGGACGCCCUUGACAAACAGCGUGCUGAUUUGGAAGAGAAGAAACGUCGCCUAGAAUCAGGCAGACCUAUGACUCCUGAAAAGACAGCUAAAAAGAAGGGCUUCUCCUUUAACAAAUAA